AUGGAGAGCAAUCUACAACGCGCUUCCCUAACCAAAGCACUGACGGCAGCGGCAGCAGCAGCAACAGCAGCAGCAACAGCAGCAGCAACAGCAGCAGCAGCAACAGCAGCAACAGCAGCUGCAGCAGCAGCAGAAACAGCAGCAGCAGCAGCAGCAGCAACAGCAGCAGCAGCAGCAGCAGCAACAGCAGCUGCCGAAUAA